AUGGCGGCUGCUCAUCGUAGAAUCAAUCAUAUGGGCAGAAUUAAGAUAAACGAGGUGUGGCUGUCCGAGGAGAAGGAAGUGAGAGAAAGGGUAGUUAAUGCUUAUAAAUAUUUACUCAUAGAAAAUUCGGAUUGGAAGGCAGAUAUAGAAAAAUUGCAAUUAGAGCAGAUUAGUCAACAAGAAGCAGAGAAUUUGGAGCACCCUUUCUCUGAGGAUGAAAUUCAUAGUGCCCUGAUGGAGAUGAAUGGGGACAAAGCCCCAGGACCGAACGGAUUUACUAUGGCAUUUUGGCAAAGCUGCUGGGUUUUUGUUAAAGAGGAGGUCUUGGAUUUGUUUAAGGAGUUCCAUGAGCAAAGUGCCUUCAUCAAGAGUCUCAACAAUACGUUUCUGGUGUUGGCCAAUAGACUCAAGAAAGUGAUAGGGAAAGUGGUCUCCCUAGAUCAGAAUGCAUUUGUGAUGGGUAGGCAGAUCCUUGAUGCCUCUUUAAUUGCAAAUGAGGUGAUUGAUGCUUGGCAAUAA